AUGGCCAAAGUCGAUCCUAAAUCGAGCGCCCCUAUCAGCAAGAUUGAUCUCAGCGACCCCAUGUACCAUAGCGACGGAGUCCCAGGACAUCAGUCUCGAGAUAUGACUAGAGAAGAUGACGCCAGCUUUCUGGACUGUCUCAGCAAAGCCUUCAACAACACUCCUCGCCUUUUCAUCAACAAGCCUCCCCGCGACUAUGCCUCCUUCAUUCGUCCCGAGACUUAUGACGAUGGCCAGAGAGUCGACAAAUUCAUCUACGGACACCCUAGUGGCAUGUCCUACGCCUCGCUUACUUCGUUUGCUGAGCACGUUCUCUCGAUCAUCAAGGGCGAGCUUGACAACUGCACUUGUGUCAACUGUCAGGGUGUACCUGUUCCUCAGCCUCGCGCUGACUCUUGA